AUGGCUUAUCCAAAACAUCCUCUAAAGCAAGAUGUCUGGUCCAAAGACAAGGAAAUGGGUUUGGAAAUUUACCCCUCGCUUGAUAACACGGCAAUUCAUUACGAAAGAGCUCGGCAUCACAGCCGAGGACAUCUUAUACUUGACCCCGAAGUUCUGGAGUUUGCAUACGGAUCGUACGUAUUUAGCUACCAGAAAUGUCCCGGUCGCAUUACUAACAUUGGGAUAGCGUUCGUGGCGCGAGAUUCGACUUGCCUGUCUAUUCUUGUGAUUCAUUACAAUCUGUGCCUUGGCACCAUCAUUCCCUUCGCAAGGAAAUCUCCUGAGAUUGCAGACCUCGUCCAGAAAAUGCUCAAAUUUGAUAUAAACGGACAGUUUAUGCUCACAGAACUAGAUCACGGGCUGGACGUCCGCAAUUUGGAGACCACGGCGACACUGCAGCCCGAUGGCUCUUUUGAACUGCACACUCCGCAUCCUGGCGCUGCUAAAUCUAUGCCACCGAAUACCACAGCAUCGGGAAUACCUCGAACGGCUGUCCUGUUUGCUCGGCUGAUUGUCGACCAGGAGGAUCGUGGUGUGAGACCUUUUGUUGUUCCUCUUAGCGAGGGAGGGCGAUUGAAACCAGGCAUUAGUUCCAAGAUACUGCCGGUGCGCCCAGGUACAAAACCCUUGGACCAUUGCAUCACAACGUUUGACCGGGUUCUUUUACCUCCAUACUGCUUAUUGGGGCCUACGGACAAGCCACUUGAUGAGCGUGCCUCAUUCAUGCGAUCAAUCUGGCGCGUUCCUAUCGGCAGCAUUAGUCUCUCCAUGGUAGGUAUCGCCGCGAUCAAGAUCGGAACGCACGUUACUGCUGCAUACAGCCUACGGAGAACGAUUGGAUCAACUAAGAGUGGUGACUUGACACCAAUCAUGUCCUUCAGCACACAGUAUCGCCCUAUUGUAAACGGGCACGUUCAAGCCACCGUUCUAGAGGCGUAUGCCCGCUGGGCUAUCAAACAGUUCAUGAACCCCGAAGCCCAUGUUCUCGUUCGAUCUGCUCUGGGAGUUGUUUUCAAAACUACCGUUAUCCAAGCGUCUAAGAUCCUGACUGAACUCUCAGAGCGGUGCGGCUGGCAGGGCCUGUUCUCAUACAAUCAAAUAAGCAACAUGUCCCUGAGUUUCCAGGGGAACGCUAUCGCUGAGGGUGAUACACUAGUGCUUUGCAUCCGUCUAGCAUCAGAGCUUCUCGGAGAGAAAUAUCGCCUCCCUGAGGCGCUGGACCCUUCCAGCCUACUGGCUAAACGUGAAAUGCGAGCAAUGACAGAAGCUAAGACCAAGCUAUCUGAGAUAGGAGGAUAUAAAGCCCACCGCGGUGCUGAUUACAACCGGCAUAUAUUGCCACGCUCAAGGCCGUUGAUCGAAUCAAUAGGACACCGAAUGGCCUAUGAGGCCGCCAAGGAAGCAGGAAUCUCACCGAAAAUUCUCACCCUCUACGAAAGUUUGUGCCUUGCGAUGGCACCUAGUAGCAUCUAUGACACUAUAGAUCAAGAUCGCUUGACGGGUAUAUACGAAGAAGUGCUGGCAGAGGUCAUGCCGCAGUUUGAAAACUCGGAAAUGAGGGACUACUUCACCGCUCCCAUUGCAUCGAAGGAGUCGUGGGAUGAAUUUUUCCAGUCCCUUCCGUCCGAGGAAUGUUUGAAGCAGCUGAAGGCAAAACUUUGA